AUGCCUAACAAUCGAGGCCCAAGCAAAGGCUGUCGGAGGUGUCGCGAGUUGAAAGUCAAGUGCGACGAGAAUAAACCAUCCUGCUAUCGUUGCCAUAAAGGUAACCACGAAUGUGCAUACCAAUCGCAAUUCGACCUCUUCCACCGAAAUCAGAACACGAUCGCCCAGGUAGCUGCGACUAAGAAAUGGCGCCAACGAGCGGAUACCAAGCCCUCUGUGGAUACCAAAGAGAUUAUUAUUCCAAAGGCACUUGGCCCACCGUUGUCUGAACUUGCAUAUAACCGCCUGUACUAUGACUUUGUGAUCCCCUGGCCCGGAACUCUCAGCAGACUACGCCAUCAACUUCGGGAGACGGCUCCGAAUUCUUGUUUAGUCUCCGUGGUGGCUGCAGUAGCUUAUGCCAAUUUUCACGGGAGAUGCAACUCGCAAGAAGCGAAAAGAGCGAGUAGUGUACACUAUGGACUGGCACUGCAAAGGCUGGCAACGACGAUGAACGAUGCUGUGGAGGUACAGCGUGACGAGAUUCUCAUGGUCAUUUGGCUUCUGGGGAUGUAUGAGAUGCUUACUUCAGGCCGGCGUGAUGGCUCUUGGAUCACACACAUGCAAGGCACACAGUCCGUGAUUGCCCAACGGGAUAACAAGAAUUUGACGGAUGGCGAUCAUUACCUCGCUAUCUUAUGUAUGAACUUGGUCAUAUACUACCUGACCGAGGCUAAGUCGCCUCCGGCACUCCUGCGGCAGUGGAUACAAGAAUUUCCAUUCCCGAUGGAAUUGAAAAAACGACUCGUCGUGAUCAUGUCAGAUGCAGCAUCAACAUGUUCAAAAUUACGAGAGCGCACGAUUUCCAGGACAGCCAACUCCUCCGAAGAGCUGAUCGCAGCCGAUCUCGUCCUCAUUCAGGAAGCGCUCUCGAUAGAUCUCAGGCUUCAAUCUUGGUGUCACUCUUUACCUUUAGAAUGGUCACAUGUUUCAACACACCCUAUCACUAAUAACAACCGUCCAUCUUGGACUAGAGAACUUCUCGACUCCCCCGGUUCACCCGAGUACGCUACCCGAUAUUCAAAUCGCCUAGCUGCAUGCGACUGGAAUGGGUGUCGAUCGACAAGACUCUCACUCCAUUCAAAGAUUAUUUCCUUUAUAUCGACAUUUCAAUCUCCGAUUUUAGCUCUCACCACUAUCAAGUCUCAUAGCCUGGACAUGAUCCUCACUCUUACCGACGAAAUUGCUUGCUCGGUGCCCUACGCCCUCGAUAUCUCACCCGACGGCACAUCUGACCCGGCCACUCCAGAUCAAGUUCCUGGACUAUGUGCAUAUAGAAUUCUCUGGCCUAUAUUUACUAGCUCGGUGUGCUUGCGGAAUGAGUUGGUUCAGAGUCAGGACUUUGCGCAGAGAGCCCAGUGGUUCAAGACGAUAUUGCGGUUCUUGCGAGAUACGAUGGGGAUCGCCAAGGUGGAUGUCUUUUUAAGAGGCCAGCUAGAGGUUGCUUGA